UUUGACCGCUCCGGAUCCAACCCGGCUUCCAGGUUUUCUCCCGGCCCGGCCCAGCGUGCUCCCGCCUGUCUCCGGCCCCCCCGACGCCCGCCCCCUCCCCCCGAGUGCAGCCCGCUUGGCCAAGUUUGCGGAGCGUCGCCGCGCACGCCGGCCAGUCAAUCAGCGGCAGAGCUGAGAAGGGCACAGCCGCGCGGCGGAGGGCAGAGUCAGCCGAGCCGAGUCCAGCCGGACGAGCGGACCAGCGCAGGGCAGCGCAAGCCGCGCGCAGCGAACGCCCGCCGCCGCCGACACCCUCUGCGGUCCCUGCGGCGCCUGCCACCCUUCCCUCCUUCUCCACGUCCCCGCCUCGCCGGCCAGCCAGCUUGCCGGGUUCGCUGCCCCGCGGAACCCCGAGGUCACUGGCCCUCGCCUCUGCUUCCCUGGGCCGCACGCAGCCUCCACGCCCUCCUUCUCCUCCUUUUACCCUGGCCCGCCGCCUGGCACCGGGGACCGUUGCCUGACGCGAGGCCCAGCUCUACUUUUUGCCCCGCGGCUCCUCCGCCUGCUCGCUUGUUCCACCAACUCCAACUCCUUCUCCCUCUAGCUCCACUCGCUAGUCCCCGACUCCGCCAGCCCUCGGCCCGCUGCCGUAGCGCCGCUUCCUGUCCAAUCCCAAAGGUGGGAACGCGUCCGCCCCGGCCCGCACCAUGGCACGGUUCGGCUUGCCCGCGCUUCUCUGCACCCUGGCAGUGCUCAACGCCUUGCUGCAGGCUGCCGAGCUCAAGUCGAAAAGUUGCUCGGAAGUGCGACGUCUUUACGUGUCCAAAGGCUUCAACAAGAACGAUGCCCCCCUCCACGAGAUCAACGGUGAUCAUUUGAAGAUCUGUCCCCAGGGUUCUACCUGCUGCUCUCAAGAGAUGGAGGAGAAGUACAGCCUGCAAAGUAAAGAUGAUUUCAAAAGUGUGGUCAGCGAACAGUGCAAUCAUUUGCAGGCUGUCUUUGCUUCACGUUACAAGAAGUUUGAUGAAUUCUUCAAAGAACUACUUGAAAAUGCAGAGAAAUCCCUGAAUGAUAUGUUUGUGAAGACAUAUGGCCAUUUAUACAUGCAAAAUUCUGAGCUAUUUAAAGAUCUCUUCGUAGAGUUGAAGCGUUACUACGUGGUGGGAAAUGUGAACCUGGAAGAAAUGCUAAAUGACUUCUGGGCUCGCCUCCUGGAGCGGAUGUUCCGCCUGGUGAACUCCCAGUACCACUUUACAGAUGAGUAUCUGGAAUGUGUGAGCAAGUAUACGGAGCAGCUGAAGCCCUUCGGAGAUGUCCCUCGCAAACUGAAGCUCCAGGUUACUCGUGCAUUUGUAGCAGCCCGUACUUUUGCUCAAGGCUUAGCAGUUGCCGGAGAUGUUGUGAGCAAGGUCUCCGUGGUAAACCCCACAGCCCAGUGUACCCAUGCCCUGUUGAAGAUGAUCUACUGCUCCCACUGCCGGGGUCUCGUGACUGUGAAGCCAUGUUACAACUACUGCUCAAACAUCAUGAGAGGCUGUUUGGCCAACCAAGGGGAUCUCGAUUUUGAAUGGAACAAUUUCAUAGAUGCUAUGCUGAUGGUGGCAGAAAGGCUAGAGGGUCCUUUCAACAUUGAAUCGGUCAUGGAUCCCAUUGAUGUGAAGAUUUCUGAUGCUAUUAUGAACAUGCAGGAUAAUAGUGUUCAAGUGUCUCAGAAGGUUUUCCAGGGAUGUGGACCCCCCAAGCCCCUCCCAGCUGGACGAAUUUCUCGUUCCAUCUCUGAAAGUGCCUUCAGUGCUCGCUUCAGACCACAUCACCCCGAGGAGCGCCCAACCACAGCAGCUGGCACUAGUUUGGACCGACUGGUUACUGAUGUCAAGGAGAAACUGAAACAGGCCAAGAAAUUCUGGUCCUCCCUUCCGAGCAACGUUUGCAAUGAUGAGAGGAUGGCUGCAGGAAACGGCAAUGAGGAUGACUGCUGGAAUGGGAAAGGCAAAAGCAGGUACCUGUUUGCAGUGACAGGAAAUGGAUUAGCCAACCAGGGCAACAACCCAGAGGUCCAGGUUGACACCAGCAAACCAGACAUACUGAUCCUUCGUCAAAUCAUGGCUCUUCGAGUGAUGACCAGCAAGAUGAAGAAUGCAUACAAUGGGAACGAUGUGGACUUCUUUGAUAACAGUGAUGAAAGUAGUGGAGAAGGAAGUGGAAGUGGCUGUGAGUAUCAGCAGUGCCCUUCAGAGUUUGACUAUAAUGCCACUGACCACGCUGGGAAGAGUGCCAAUGAGAAAGCCGACAGUGCAGGUGUCCGUCCUGGGGCACAGGCCUACCUCCUCACUGCCUUCUGCAUCUUGUUCCUGGUUAUGCAGAGAGAGUGGAGAUAAUUCUCAAACUCUGAGAAAAAGUGUUCAUCAUCAAAAAGUUAAAAGGCACCAGUUAUCACUUUUCUACCAUCCUAGUGACUUUGCUUUUUAAAUGAAUGGACAACAAUGUACAGUUUUUACUAUGUGGCCACUGGUUUAAGAAAUGCUGACUUUGUUUUUUCAUUCAGUUUUGGGAGGAAAAGGGACUGUGCAUUGAGUUGGUUCCUGCUCCCCCAAACCAUGUUAAAUGUGGCUAACAGUGUAGGUACAAGAACUAUAGUUAGUUGUGCAUUUGUGAUUUUAUCACUCUAUUAUUUGUUUGUAUGUUUUUUUCUCAUUUCGUUUGUGGGUUUUUUUUUCCAACUAUGAUCUCACCUUGUUUCUUACAAGCAAACCAGGGUUCCUUCUUGGCAUGUAACAUGUACGUAUUUCUGAAAUAUUAAAUAGCUGUACAGAAGCA